CAACAGGGCCCUGGCUUGGAGAGAGGGGCCUUCGUAUCCAGCAGCUGCGGUUGCUGAACAACGUGGCCGCCGCGUCUGCGACGUGAAGCUCCCCCCACCACCACCAGCAUCGGUCCAGCUCGCCUCGUCCCACGAAGCGUCAAUUCGGCUGAUUGAGAGUUGCAGGAGGAGGAGUCAUUAACGCUGCGGAACGCGAGAGAAGCGGAGGGCGACGGAACUUCCAACAACGGCGCUUGGGGCGAACGAGAGGAGUCGCUCUCGCCUCGCACAGAGAGAGGAAAGAACCGACGAAGGCGGACACGGGCAGAGAGAGAAAGACAGACAGAAUGGAGAAGUAGACGAGAGAGAGAGCGAGCGAGCGAGGAGGGGUAGAAGACGGUCGUCAGGCCGAGCCAGGCACGCGGGGUCCCAAUGGGUGGAUGAGCAUGGGCAUCGGGGAGGCGCUACCCCGCUCGCUCGUCAACUCGGCCACCGGGGUCCGGCAGCUGCUCAACGCGACACUCGGCCGCCUCCUGCUCCUCGCCUUCCUCGCCGCCUCGGCCCACGCACAGUGCAGAAUCCUCAAAUGCAACUCGGAGUUCGUGGCAGCAACAUCGGGGCCCGGCCGCUCGAGCGUCGAGGACGGCGGCGGCGUGGCGGCGGUGGGCCCCGCGGGGCCGGUGGGGCCGAUCGGCCGCGGGCGGCCCUCCCCCGGGUCGGCAGCCCCGCUGUGCGCCGCCCUACGGGCCUACUCGGCCUGCACGCGGCGGACUUCGCGGGCGUGCCGCGGCGACCUGGCGUACCACUCGGCCGUGCUCGGCAUCGAGGACCUGAUGGCGCAGAACGCUUGCGGCGGCACUUCCGCCGUCGCCGCCGGCGGCGGCGGCGGGCGGCUCGCGUCGUCGGAGCCGUCGCCGCCGCCGCCGCCGGCGCCGCCCGCGAGGGCCGGCCCCGUGCGGAGGGCGUGCGGCGCGACGAGGGCACGGGCCCCGCCGGCCGGCGCCUACCGCUACUGCGGCCUGUCGGGCGACCCGCACGUGCGCACGUUCCCCGGCGGGAUGCACGCGUGCCGCGUGGCGGGCGCGUGGCCGCUCGUGGACAACGAGCACGUGCACGUGCAGGCCACCAGCGUGCCCGUGUAUGGAGGUGCCACGGCCACCGCCACCAGCAAGCUCACCAUCAUCUUCAAGGGCCAGCAGCACUGCACGGACGAGCGGGUUUACCACGCUGAGACGGACGACCUCCCGGCCGCGUUCGUUGACGGCACCAAGAUGGGCGGCCUGGGUAGGCGGCAGUAUGCGGCCUCCGGCCUUCUCGUCACCGAGAAGGUGCCCGGCCGGCACGUCGAGAUCUCGGCCGUCUACAUCGGCACCACGGUGGCCGUGCGCCAGGUGGGACGCUACCUGACCUUCGCCAUCCGCACGCCGGCGCACGUCGCCGAGGCCUACGACCACGACGAGAGCCUGGGCCAGGCCCUGCAGCUGUGCUGGCGCGGCUGCCCCGGCACGGAACGGCUGGACCAGGAAGCUGGCGGCGCUGGCGAUGGCGGCGGCGGUGGCGAUGGCCGGACUGCAGGCGUAUUCACGGCACGAACUGCGCGCGCGGCCUGCGAGGAGAGGCUGUCGGUCGACGAUCCUUACUUUGAGACGUGCGUGUUCGACCUGCUCACGACGGGCGACCUGAGCUUCGCGCAGGCGGCCGCGUUCGCGUCGCAGGAUGCCGUGGAGCUGGCGCCGCCACUGGCGGUGGUGAGCAGUCGGGAGCAGCGGGGAGGAGGACCCGGAGCGCUGAGACCGUCGGCCCCCGUGGUCGCGGCACUUGCCCUUGUCGCCGUGGUUUUGAUGGGCGUCGGCGGCUCUCCCAACUCCUGAUGGAAAGUUCAGAGGCAGGAACAAACGGCUGGAGGAUUCGAAUGCCGCUAUGCUAGCUGAAGCUUCUCAAGUUCUCUGAAGAAGCUUCCGGCACGCGUGGAGCGAAACAUCCGACGUCGUGCCGACGGAACACGCGGCGCGGCCCCCAAAAACGCAUCGGAGAGCCAAUCUGCGGCUCAACCGCUAAAACCUUUGCAGUGGUUGUAUGUCGCAAUGGAAACAAAAACUCUUCGAGUGUCUAGAGCGAUUGGAACGCGAGAGACUCCACACAGAUGGGACUGGACGCCCCAUAGCUCGAAUUCUAACGCUGUCGGUGAACGACGGGAAUCUCGUCAGAGGGAAUCGUGCAAGCACACAGACGAGAGCAUGCACACAGAACUGGCGGAAGAAAUUAGAGCCAAUAGGCGGCGAUGAGGACACAGAUGCUUAAUAUAUGACCCAAGAAGUCGAUUUGUACUAUAUGCUGUUUAGUCUUUCCCCACUCCCGAGUGUGCUGUUGUCGGUUUCUGAAUGCGCGUUGCAUUUAUUUUGAGCAAAGAAGUGAAGCGGCUUGUAAAAGAAAGUACUUUUUAUACACGAACGUACGCAUAAUAGCAAUUUUGCAAAUAACAAGUUUUGACUUGUAAAUAUUAGCGAUUAGUGUUGUUUGUAAUUGUGCAGCGUGUAAGGUAGCGCUCUUCGAAGCAUUUCUUCCCAUUAAUAAAGGUGCAUGUGCACAAGCAGGUCGUUGUGAACCUCGAAUCUUG